UUACUUUUGUGGAUGCAAAUUCCAGCUGAUAUACACAUUUUUGCUUGGAGUUUUAGUGUCUUCGUCGAUAAAGCGACUUUUAAUGUAUUUUAUUGUAAAAAUAUAAGUAGGUCUGAUAUUGUUUGUGCUUUUUAUAAAUAUAACAGCCUUGAUGGCUAUGUUUAGUCAAAUAGGCCUAGUUAAAUAAAAAUAAAUAGAAUAGGACAUUGCUGUCUGUUCAUUAAAUGAAUUUUCUCUCUUUACUUACUUAGGAUUAAAAAAUGAGUGUUUCGCAUCUUACGGUGGCUAACCAUACAUACUUCACAUUUUUCUCUGAGUUUAAUCGCUCUUGGAGUGGUGCUUACAUCUUAGAAACAACAGUACUCACAAGUAUAUUCAACGUGGCCAUAAUUGGAAAUGUUCUCGUACUAAUGGUGGUUGUCAUUGAUGCGAGUAUGAGGACGGUCACUAACUACCUUGUAAGCAACCUAGCGCUCGCUGAUAUAGUAUUUUUGUUAUCAGUCCCGUUUGUCAUAGCUACAAGAAUAACGCAAUCGUGGGAGGUUGGUCUGUUCGCCUGUAAGUCGUUAUUCUAUAUCGAAUUUGUGAGCGGGUUCUGUAGCAUUUGGACCAUGGUAAUAAUCAGCUUUGACCGAUUUCGUCUGAUAGUUCAAAGAAACAAAAAACGAUUCACAGUUCACUUUGUUAUUAAGAUGAUGAUGAUACUUUUGGUUGUGGCCCUCGUUGGUGCAUUACCAAUGUUUUUCAACUUUGACGUAAUACAAAUUGAUGACGUGACAAUCUGUUCUCUCAAACCAGAAUGGUCGUCGGCAGGAGUAAUAGAAAUAAUAUAUUGUGUUACAGUAACAUCUCUUGGUGUUGUCGUACCUUUGAUCAUCAUCGCGUAUACUCACAGAAAAAUACGAACAACUAUUUCGGAAAACAGUCAACGCGUUGCGUCAAUGAGCAGCUCCCACGUAGGCUCUUCGCAACCACAGAACAUUGCUAAGGAAUCGCCCGUCCUGAGAAUGUUGGUACUUCUCGUCUGGAUGUUUGCGAUCAUGUGGAUACCGGUGCUUCUGAUGAUUCUUUACAUCGCAACUUCUGAACAUCACCGUAAUGAGGUGCCAUCUCACUUUUUUCUCGUCAUGUGGUCAAUGACAGCCAUCAACUGCGCUGUGAAUCCGAUAUUGUACGGAAUUCUGAAUGAAAAUUACAAACGAAAAUUUAAGAAGUUCUGGUACGCUAUGUGCGGUAGACAAAAUGUUGACAAUAGGCCUAGGCCUAAUACUGUCUGUAGCCAGAACAGCACUAGAGCAUAGAUUUUUUAAAAAGAAUAUUUUAAACAUUUUUUUAUUUGUUUGGACAACCUUACAUUUAUUGAGUUGUAAAGUAACAAAUCGAAAAAAUAUAAUUGUGGCGGAUGUGUUAAAAUCUUGAAAAACCUCCACGAAACAUUGAAUGAAGCUCGGAAUUGCAAUGAAACUGAAUACUGAAACGACCAAUCAGAAAAGCACCAAGAAUACGCGCAUAUCCCGCAAAUACGUGUGUACGUUAAUGCCGUAGAUUUGUGGCAUUCGCACGUCGCCCUCCUGUCCACGCGUUCUCUUGAGCUUCUGGUAAAAUGGUAAACUCCUUCGGGUGUCAAUGGUCGACGACGUGCGGUGACGUGUUGGACGCCCUUGCCCUUCGUAUAAUCCCCUUCGUCAUUGUCACUGGUCCGGAACAUUUAUCUUGGUUCCCCAUUAAUUCAUUCGUUUUCCGCUCUGUCCAUCUAGGUCUAAUGAUGAUCAUGAGCUAAUGUCUCGAAAGCCACAUUUUAAAAACAUUCAGUAUUUGUUCAUGGCGAUUCUUCAACCUCCCUAUCCAUCACACCGACAUCAGAGAUUUCACCAUCUUCUAAGUGAGACUUUAUCUAAGGUUGAGCGUCUUGCUAAAGAUGUAGAAAUAGUAUUAUUUACCCUAUUAAUUGGCGUUCUAAUUGUAUAUUAAAUUUACAGAUAAUAAUCUUAAUAACCAAAGUUAUACAGAAUAAGCAAAUAAAGACUAUUUGAAAGAU